AUGGAACCAGAGCCAACCAUUAGCGCUCUCCUCAAGGCUGUCACAGCCCUCACAGCCACAGUUGGGUCCCUACAGGACCAAAUCCGUAACCAAGGCCAACAGCUCAUUGAGCUCAAGGCCAUAUGCAAGGAGACCGCCAACUUACUUGGCGACAAGGAUCAAGGAGGACCCCAAGUCCAAGCCAAGCCUGGCCCAUCGACUGGGCCUGUUACCCCUCCAACCCACACAGGAGGGGAAACCUACACUCCAGGCACGGUUAGGCCUGGGCUCAAGGCCCCUUUCAGGCCAUCAAGGGGAACAGGGUUCGACUCAGAGGAAGAAGAGGAGUCCCGACGUCCUAAAAAGGAGCCUCGCGGCACGCCUAGGAGCCUCAGCUCCCUCACCCCAUUUGACACGGGGUCCAGCGUGAAGCGCCCCAAGAUGGACCUCCCAGAUCCUUACAAGGGAGAAGUCAGGGGCCGAAAAGCUACUCAAUGGCUGGAUAGGAUGAUGCUCUGGGUAGCCCUCCAUCGUGAUCAAUUCAACAAGGAGGAACAGAUGGUUGUGUGGAUCCUAUACCACAUGACUGACAAAGCUGCCAACUGGGCACUCCCCAUCAUUGGGACGAUCAUCAAAGGCGAGGGAAAUCCUCCCACCACCAUUUCAGCCUUGACGGCCAAAUUCAAGGAGGCCUUUGCAGAUCCCGAUGCCAAGAGAGCAGCCGCCAGAAAGAUUGCUGCGCUAACUCAGACCACAACCACAGCUGAGUAUGUCACCGAAUUCCGCAAUCUCAUGGCGGAACUCGAUUGGAACAAGGAGGCAUAUAUUGCCCAAUUCACGCGCGGCCUUCACUGGAAGGUCAAGGAACUGCUGUCUACCAAGGAUAGCAUCCCAGACGACCUCAAAGCCAUCUUUGCCGCGGCAAUCAAAAUUGACAAUAUCCGCCGCAAAAACAAGGAAAACCGUCCCAAGAAGUCCCUCUCCAAGUCCCCGGUCACCGCAACCACCUCCACUUCCACCACUACCACCAGGGUCCGCCUAUCAGAGGACCCCAACUAUGUCACCCCAGAAGAACAAGAUCGCCGCCGUGCAUCUGGCCUUUGUGUCAAAUGCGGCCAAAAAGGGCAUGGAAUUAAACAAUGUCCCAAUGGCUGGAAAGCCACAAUCAAGGAGGUGGCCAAGCCCCUGGCCCCAAAAUUAGAUGUGCAUGUAUUGGAUUGCAAGUUUGUAUCAGUUGCUCUAGACUCUAAUAAAAAGCCCCUGCUAUUUAUCAAUCUUGAACUGCACGAUUUUCCGACGGAACCCCUCAAAACCCUAAUUGAUUCAGGAGCAACAUCAAACUUUAUCUCCCCCUCAAUUGUGGAAAAAUAUAAAAUCCCAAAAACCCAACUCGAAAAUCCACAAGUUGUGAGAAUGUUAGAUGGUACUAUCUCUCAGACUGGUUGCAUUUGGCACCAGGUUCAUCUCACGGUUUCGGCCAAUGGCCAUCCCCAUACUAUCCCUUUCCUAGUCUGUCCCAUCGGAAACACCCCCGCCAUUCUUGGCAUGACAUGGCUCACCCAGGAGUCACCCCUCAUAGAUUGGAACCAAGGAACUAUCACUUUCCCUGACCAAGUCCAAAUAGCUUUGGAAGAGGAAGCAGACCCCAACCCAUUAGCCAACUUGCCCAAGGAAUACCAUGAAUUUGCCAGGGUAUUUGGCAAAGAAGAGUUUAAGGUUCUUCCCCCACACAGGGAAUAUGAUAUCUCAAUUGAUCUGAUUCCCGACGCCAAACUCUCCCCUGGACCCAUUUACGGCAUGACCAAUGCAGAAUCCAAGGCGCUCAAACAACACAUUGACGAGGAAUUGGCAACAGGCAAGAUUUGCCCUAGCGCUCCAGUCAUGUUUGUAAAAAAGGCAGAUGGUUCCCUGCAAUUGGUGGUCGAUUAUAGGAAGUUGAACGAGGUUACCCACAAGAACGUCUACCCGCUACCAAGGCAAGAUGAUCUCAUGGCUAAGCUCAGACACGCCAAGAUCUUCACAAAACUAGAUCUACAAUGGGGAUACAAUAAUGUCCAGAUCAAGGAAGGAGAUGAGUGGAAGACGGCCUUCAGAACUAAGUACGGGCUAUUCGAAUACCUAGUAAUGCCCUUUGGGCUUACCAAUGCCCCGGCCGCUUUCCAACAUUUCAUGAACGAUCUGUUCAGAGACCUCAUCGACAUCACCGUGGUUAUCUAUUUGGACAAUAUCCUGAUCUUCUCAGAGGACCCCAAGGACCACCCAGCACAUGUCAGGGAAGUCCUAUCACGACUAAUGAAGAAUCAGCUAUUCUGUAAACUCUCCAAGUGCCACUUCCAUGUCACCACGGUAGAUUACUUGGGUAUUGUCAUCUCCCUGGCAGGUUUUUCCAUGGAUCAGAAGAAGAUUGAGGCGGUCUCGUCAUGGCCAGUCCCCAAAACAGUCAAACAGGUUCAAGCAUUCCUGGGAUUUGUUAACUACCUCCGGCGCUUCAUCCCUAAUUUCAGCUCAGUAGCACGCCCUCUGCACAACCUUACCAAAAAGGAAACCCCCUGGACAUGGGGCAACCUAGAGGAAACAGCCUUUCAGGAGUUGAAGGUUCUUGUCACCAAGUCUCCGGUUCUUAUCCAUUCCAAUCCAGAACUCCCCUAUUACCUGGAGACAGACGCCUCAGGGGUAGCCAUGGGAGCCAUUCUUAGUCAGCGGGGAUCAGAUAACCGGUUGCACCCAAUCGCGUACAUGUCUAAAUCAUUCUCAGGGGCAGAAGGAAACUACGACACUCAUGACAAGGAACUCCUAGCUAUCAUCAAAGCCCUGGAGGAAUGGCGUAUUUUCCUGGAAGCUACAAACAAGCCGGUUCAGGUAUUUACAGAUCACUGCAACCUUGAGUACUGGAUGCAGGCAAGGACAUUCAAUCAACAGCACGCUAGAUGGCGCGUAUUCCUGAGCGACUUCAAUUUUGAGAUACAUUAUUGCCCAGGAAAGCAAUCAGGGAAGCCGGACGCCUUGUCCAGACGAUUGGACUAUGUUGAUACCCCACAAGAACCAGAAGUCAUGCUACCAUCAGAGGUCUUUGCAAACACGUCAGAGGAAGAGCUGGAAAUUGUCACAGAAGUACGCUCUAAACUGAGGGAAGACCCCUCCCUAGAGCCCAUCAUCCAAUUCCUGACCAAAGAUGCUGAUAACGUGCCACCGUCAAUAAGAAAGGCUUACAGAGACUACAAUUGGGAAGAGGAUCUCCUGUGGGAAUUCCACGACUCCCCCCUAGCAGGACACCCGGGUCAGCAAAGAACCCUCAAACUCUUGAGCCGGAAUUUCUGGUGGCCAGGAAUGAAGUCAUCCGCCAAGGAAUGGGUAGAAUGCUGCCCCACUUGUCAAGCCAAUCGUCGCGCCCAUAACCCGGUCAUAGCCCUAAAGCCCUUGGAAGUUCCCCCCUUUCCAUUUCACACCAUCUCCUAUGACUUCAUCACGGGUUUUCCCAAGUCAGAAGGACAUGAUGCAAUCCUGGUAGUCAUUGACUUGUUCUCCAAGUUAGGCCACUUCAUCCCUACCUUGAAAAAGGUUUCAGCAAAGGGUCUGGCUGAUCUCUUUGUUGCCCACAUUUGGAAACUUCAUGGGCUCCCUGUCAAAACUAUAUCAGAUCAAGGAACUACAUUCACAGGGAAAUUCCUUAGGGCUCUCUACCAACAAUUAGGAAUUAAACCUUCCUUUUCCUUGGCUUACCACCCUGAAUCAGAUGGCCAAACAGAACGUGUCAACCAAUUUAUUGAGUUCUACCUAAGGUCUUAUGUAGCAGCAGAUCAUUCAGAUUGGGUUAAGUGGUUACCACUUGCAGAGUACGCCUAUAACAACGCCAAGCACUCAGCUACUGGAAAAACCCCAUUCAAAUUAAUUUAUGGCAGAAACCCAAUCAUGAAUCCGUCAAACAUCCCUGCAAACGUCCCAGAAGCAGACCUUGUGGCAGAUACCCUAGCCCAGGAAUGGAAAGAAGCCAAAGCGGCCCUUAGAAUGAGCAAGGAACGGAUGACAAGGGAUAAAGGAACAGUCCCGGAAUAUUCAAUAGGGGAAAAAGUCUGGCUAGAUGGAAAAAACGUAGAACUCCGGACAAAUUCCAACAAGCUAGACCCCAAGCGACUAGGCCCCUUUGAAGUAUUAGAGAAGGUAUCCAGUCACGCAUACCGCCUUAAACUGCCAGAAACCCUUAAAAUCCACGACGUAUUCUAUGUGGGACUGUUAUCCAGGGUACAUAUAUCCCCAAGCCAACCAUUCCCAGAAAGACCCCCUCCUGAAACAAUAGAAGGGGAGGAGGAAUAUGAGGUAGAACAAAUCAUUGACUCCAAAAGACAACGGGGGAAAUGGUUCUACCUAAUCAAAUGGAAGGGUUAUGGCCCGGAAGACAAUUCCUGGGAACCGGAAGAACUCCUGGAGCACAGUCAGGAGGAGAUCCAACGCUUCAACAGGUCACAACUGAAAAAGGCUUGUGACUCCGCCAAGAGCCUUUAA